CGACUUUGGGAUUAGUCUUGCACGCACGGUAGACGCGAACGAACGGAAUCGGUAUUCAAUCGAGGAGAAUUUCGAGCUGCAGUAAGGCACCAAUUGGUCGGUCGUUCGAUUGGUCGGCUAAGUUCAUUAUCAGUGCAGAAGCCAUUAUCUGAGGGGGCUCUCGGGAACGUGAUUGACAUUGUGCAGAAUACUCCAAUGAGCCGGGUGUUGAUGAAAUUCGUCGCGCAUUGUUGGGUUCAGACUGAGUCGCACAGUGUCACAGUUGACUGAAACAUCCUCACAAAGGAGGCGUGAUCGGUGAAGAGAGGUUCCGUUUAGGAAGCCAAUAUGAGCAAAAAGAAUUACAACUCCCCGGUGGUGGACGUCGAAUCGCCGGGCCACAGGGAGGACCAGAAACUGUUGGGUAGCCCGUUCGAUAAGCUGCCACCGAUGUUGAUCAGCGGACAGGACGGCAAUGGGUUGUAUCCGUUUCAGCAGAAGGGUAGCCCGGUUUCGCCGACGUCGCCGCUAGUUUACGCUCCCCGAUCGCCGUCGCUCGGCAAGAGAAGUCGAGCGUUCCGUCCGGGCACAACCCGAAAAUACCGCAAACGAGCCAUCCUGAAGAAUGGCGAGUGCAAUAUUUCCACUUCCAAGGUGUCACAGCAGCACUUGCGCUUCCUGCAGGACAUCUUCACAACGCUGGUGGACGCCCAGUGGCGCUGGACCUUACUCGUGUUCGCCUUCAGCUUCAUCGGGUCGUGGCUGUUCUUCGCCGUGAUUUGGUGGCUCAUUGCGUUCACCCAUGGCGACCUGGAGGAGAUGCACCUGCCGGAUCAUCAAGCUGAAGUCGGGUGGUCUCCCUGCGUGUACAACAUUCAUUCGUUUACCUCGUGCUUCCUGUUUUCGAUCGAAACUCAACACACGAUCGGUUACGGUGUUCGCACAACUACGGAGGAAUGUCCUGAGGCGAUCUUCGUCAUGUGCUUCCAGUCGAUCUACGGGGUGAUGAUCCAGGCCUUCAUGGUGGGAAUCGUGUUCGCGAAGAUGACUCGUCCAAAGCAUCGUACCCAGACGUUGCUGUUCUCGAAGAAUGCGGUUAUUUGCCAGCGGGAUGGAGAGCUGAGCUUGAUGUUCCGAGUGGGGGAUAUGCGUAAGAGUCACAUCAUUGGAGCCAGCAUCCGAGCACAGUUGAUACGCACCCGUAAUACCAAGGAAGGGGAAGUUUUGUCUCAGUUCCAAACGGAAUUGGAUGUAGGAGCGGAUGGAUGUGGAUCGGAUCUGUUUUUCAUUUGGCCUCAGGUCGUUGUUCAUAAGAUCAAUGAAGAUUCGCCGUUGUACAAUAUGUGUGCUUCCGAUCUGUUACAAGAUCGGUUUGAGAUUGUGGUAAUUUUAGAAGGUACCGUCGAAUCUACCGGACAAUCCACUCAAGCCAGAUCAAGCUACGUCAACUCGGAGAUUCUGUGGGGACAUCGCUUUGAGCCCGUCGUAUUCUACAAUAAGGAUAACCAGGGCUAUGAGAUCAACUACAGUAAGUUUGAUGAAACUCAACAGGUGGACACUCCCCUGUGCUCUGCUCGCGAGCUGGCCGAGUUCUACAAAAUUCAGGACGAUUACAAGAGUAACGAUAAUCUCGAUAACAUCUCAUCAAAGACGCUUCUGGAGAAGCGGUGGCAGUACAAGUAUAACACAUUGAUGCACAGCAUCAGCCGGUUCCACCUGGAGGAUGAGUCCGGCUCGAUGCGGCUGAUCGGCAGCCCCCCGCCUAACUAUCUCACCAUCCAAAACGUCCCGCGGCGUAAUCGAUCCUACUUGCAGUUGGAGAACAAUUUGCGCAAUCUGUUCGAUUUCCCUCCGCCAUCCCAUCCACCGGGUCCAGCCCAGAAUGGACCACCUUCGUCCACACCUCCUCCAGCCAAUAAUGACCCGCCGGGCCACGCGGGUAGUCGAAGGACCCGGUCUCGCACCAAUAUCUGACCUGGACGUGGCGGGGAGGGUGCGUGCCCCUUUUCAAAAAGAUCUUAUUUUCUGUACCAUACAUUCCUAAGACUCAGUCUGUAAUCGAAUCGAAAAGUACUUUAGUUGUUAAGAUGGACAAGUUCACCAAUAAAUGGACGAUAGCAUUUAGCGUUUUAGGUUAGGUAGGACUCUUAUAAGUAUUAACCAGUGAAAAAUGGAGAAAAGCAUCGAACGAUUAUUAAAUCAAGUGAUAUUUUAACGAAACCCAAAAA